AGGAGUGGGUUUGUGCUGGGUACAAGCCAAAGGAAAGCAAUGAAGGAGAAUGAUGGGAAUCUCUCAGCUUUCCUGGGGAAUGUGUGUGAGGGAGGAAAUGAAAGGAAAAGCGAUAAAGUAUCAGAUGUGGCGAAGAAUUUCGGGAAUCGGCAUAGAAUGAAGAAGCAGAAGGGCAAGCUUAGAAAGAAGAGGAAUAAAUCCAUCGCUUGUCUGGAUGGUGAAUUGCAUAAAAUACCAAUUCAUGGAAAAAUGUCAGGAAGGACCAAGAAACCUAAUAGUGGGAAAAAGCUUGCUCAUAAGUCUGAACUUGCUACCUAUUGGGAAACGCGCACAGGAAAGAAACCCUUUCAGUGUUUGGUGUGUGAAAAGAGCUUCAGCCAGCGUUCCAACCUAACCUGCCAUCAAAGAACUCACACAGGGGAGAAACCCUUUAAAUGUCUGGAGUGUGGAAAGAGCUUCGGUCAGAGUUAUCAUCUUACCUCCCAUCAAAGAAUUCACACAGGGGAGAAACCAUUUAAAUGUCUGGAGUGUGGAAAGAGCUUCAGCCAGCGUUCCAACCUAACCUGCCAUCAAAGAACUCACACAGGGGAGAAACCCUUUAAAUGCCUCGAAUGUGGAAAGAGCUUCAAUCUGCGUAGUAACCUAACCCGCCAUCAAAGAAUUCACACAGGGGAGAAACCCUUUAAAUGCCUCGAAUGUGGAAAGAGCUUCAAUCUGCGUAGUCACCUUAACUGCCAUCAAAGAAUUCACACAGGGGAGAAACCUUUUAAAUGUCUUGAGUGUGGAAACUGCUUCAGAUCAAGGGGACAGCUUACGGUGCAUUACAGAAUUCACUCAAUGGAGAAACCAUUUGCAUGUCUGGAAUGUGGAAAGGCAUUCAGUGUGAAUGACAAACUGGCCUGCCAUCGAAGGAUUCACACAGGGGAGAAACCGUAUCAAUGCUUGGAGUGCGGAGAGUUCUUCCGACUGAAAAGUCUACUUACUUCUCAUCAAAGAACUCACACAGGGGAGAAGCCAUUUAAAUGCCUGGAGUGUGGGAAGAGCUUCAGUCGGGGUGAUGUACUUACUUCACAUCAAAGAAUGCAUACAGGGGAGAAACCCUAUAAAUGCUUGGAGUGUGCAAAGAGCUUCAAUUGGAGUUCUGCUCUGACUAAACAUAGUCGAACCCACACAGGAGAGAAACCAUUUAAAUGUCUGGAAUGUGGGAUGAGCUUCAAUCAAUGCUCAGGCCUUACUGUACAUGAAAGAAGUCACAAAGUGGAGAAACCAUUUAAAUGUCUGAAUUGUAGGAAGAGCUUCAGUCGGAAGUUUCAGCUUACUUCCCAUCAAAGAAUUCACACUGGAGAGAAAUCGUUUAGAUGCCUGGAGUGUGGAAAGAGCUUUCGUCGGCAUUAUUACCUUACUUCCCACCAAAAAACGCACACUGGAGAGAAGCCAUUUAAAUGCUUGGAGUGUGGAAAGAGCUUCUAUUGGAGUGCUGAUCUGACUAAACAUAAUCGAACCCACACAGGAGAGAAACCAUUUAAAUGUCUGGAAUGUGGGAAGAGCUUCAGUCAAUGCUCAGGCCUUACUGUACAUGAAAGAACUCACAAAGUGGAGAAACCAUUUGAAUGCCUUGAAUGUGGGAAGAGCUUCAGGCAGAAGGGUUACCUUACUACCCAUCAAAGAAUUCACACUGGAGAGAAACCGUUUAAAUGCAUGGAGUGUGGAAAGAGCUUCCGUCGGGGUCAUCACCUUACUGGCCACCAAACAACUCAACACCGGAGAGAAGAUAUUUAAAUGCGUGGAGUGUGGAAAAAAGUUCUGUUCUGGCCGGCACCUUACUUUACAUCAUAGAAUCCACUUAAUGAAGAAACCUUUUAUAUGCCUGGAGUGUGGAAAGUUCUUCAGGAAGAGUGUGCAGCUUACUUCACAUCAAAGAAGCCAUGCCAGGCCAACAUUUUAAAUUCCUGUCCUGUGUAAAGACCUUCUGAUGGAAACAUUGUCUGACUCCACUUCAGAGAGCCCUGUUGGGAAGAAACUAUCGAAAUGCUGCCAAUAUUUUGAAACCUGUUCCCAUCAAAUAGCCCUUUGUUACGUCAGAGAAUAACACUAGAAAAUGGUAAACUCUGUCAUACAGUUCAUACAGUGAAGCAACUAUUUAAAUUCAUUGAGUGCGGAAAUAAGUUCUGAUGGCUCAUGUGCUUUGGCAGACAUCAGAAUAACCACAGAAAAUAAAAUCUCUGACUCUGUGGGCAGAAGAUUCUGGAAGAAUCACCUCUUCAUAGAAUCCCGAGAUUACUCUGAGCAGAGCACUGGGCCUUGGCAUCAUAUUUAACCCAGACAAAAGACACAGCAAAGGGUGAUGUUCUAGUGUUUGGACAAUAGGGCGUUCUGGAUUCAUGGACUGCAGCCUUUUUAAAAAA